GUCUGCUCCCCUGACACAACCGCUCCCCUGCAUUUGGUUACACGCGGGAAAUAGCCGUUUAAGUUAUCUUUAUUGAAACACGCUUUUUGCUUCCAGCCUUGAGGUAUCUAUCCAAGUAAACAGCCUUCGCAGGCUGGUUGCAGGCGCCUCUGCCGCACCAUGAAGUUCGGUAAGCAAAUCCAGAAGCGUCAGCUUGAAGUGCCAGAAUAUGCUGCUAGCUUCGUGAAUUAUAAGGCGCUCAAAAAGCUCAUCAAGAAGCUCUCUGCUACCCCGACGCUGAGCGCCCAAAAUGACCCUCGCUUUACUCCCACGCCGGUGGACACCCAAGCUGCCUUGCAGGCAAACAAAGCAAAGUUCUUUUUUCAACUGGAACGAGAGCUCGAGAAGGUCAAUGCAUUUUACCUUCAGAAAGAGGCCGAAACAAGAAGAGAGUUCUACAGUCUCGUCAGAACGUAUCUAGACGGUCGGCCAAAUUCACGACGUUGGAAGAAGGGUUCCAACAAUUUGCAAACGAUCUGAAUAAGCUUCAGCAGUUUGUCGAAAUAAAUGGGACUGCCUUUUCGAAGAUCCUUAAAAAAUGGGAUAAGACCUCCAAGUCUAAGACUAAGGAGCUAUAUCUCUCCCGCGCUGUAGAGGUGC